AAUUCGAACAAAUAAAGACUUCUUCCUCAGUCCACUUAGGUGCGACAAGUAACAAGCCCCAUGGUAAUCUCCCACUCCCAAGCUCUCCAAUGGAAGCAAACCCUCCGAUCACCGAUCGUACGGCACAGAUUUAUCCAAAUCAACAGCGUACGGACGGCCCCGAUCGUGGCGGCGAGAAGGGCGGCGAUCGAGGGUUUGAGCUACGAGCUUAACGCUAUCGCCAUGAAGAGCCUUGACUCUGCGACCGAUCGGAGGCGAGUGCGCAAGGCGUUCGUCGAUGUUCAGCAGAAUCUCGAUCAUUGCUUGUUUAAAAAUGCUCCCGCUGGGAUACAAGUGGCGGAGAGAUAUGAGAAAAAUUCAAUGGGAUGGGAGAUAUUCUGGAAGAGUUGGUUGCCAAGUCCUGGCGUGGCCACCAAGGCCGCCUUAUUCUUCUGCCAUGGCUAUGGUGAUACCUGCACUUUCUUCUUUGAAGGGGUUGCGAAGAGAAUAGCAGCUGCAGGCUAUGCUGUUUAUGCUAUGGAUUACCCAGGCUUUGGCCUCUCACAAGGCUUGCAUGGCUAUAUUCCAAGCUUUGACAAGAUGGUGGAUUAUGUCAUUGAGCAAUACACCGUCAUCAGAGCAAUGAAGGAAGUUAGAGGGCUACCCCACUUUCUAUUGGGACAAUCUAUGGGUGGUGCAGUUGCUCUCAAGGUUCACUUAAAGCAACAAAAGGAGUGGGAUGGUUUGCUUCUUGUUGCUCCAAUGUGCAAAAUUGCAGCAGAUGUGACGCCUCCUGGACCAGUUCUAAAUAUGUUAUCUUUAAUGUCAUACAUUCUUCCUGAAGCAAAGUUGUUUCCACAAAAAGAUAUAGGUGAUCUAGCAUUCAGAGAAGCCCAUAAAAGAAAAUUGGCUGAAUUCAAUGUGAUCUCGUACUGUGACCAAAUGCGACUAAAGACAGCAGUUGAGCUUAUUAAGGCUACCCAGGAUAUUGAAUCAGAACUGGAGAAGGUUUCUUCUCCAUUACUUAUUCUCCAUGGAGCUGCGGACAAGGUAACAGAUCCAAAAGUGAGCAAAUAUCUAUAUGAAAAAGCUUCGACUGAAGAUAAAACUCUCAAGUUGUAUGAAGAAAGCUACCACUCCAUUCUAGAGGGAGAACCAGAUGAUAGGAUAGAGAGCGUAAUUGAUGAUAUCAUUUGUUGGUUAGACUCUCGUUCUUCAUCUGUCAAAUAACACGGUGGCACCAUCGUUUGCAGUCAUGUAGCUAAAGACUAUGAGGAGUUUUUCUUUCUUUGGGUCCAACAUUGUUAAAGUUUCUGCUCAAUUUGAAAGAAUGAAUUGAAUCAAGGAGGUCUCCCUUACUAAUACUUAUUCCCUGAUUGGCGUGCAUGCAUGAUAGGAGUUUCAAGAUUUCCGUUGAUCAAGGAGAUGGGUACAAACUUUAUGUUGUAAAGAGCCAAAUAAUUGAUGCAUUCUUUUCUUCAGGUUUAUCAUUGAAGAGAAUGAUUUGAAUCGA